AUGGCAUUGUGCGAUUCAAACUAUUGUUUUGUAUGGGUCGACAUUGGAGGUUAUGGUAAAGAUAGUGACUCAGGGUUAUAUAAAGAAUCUACGUUGUAUAAAAAAUUAACUGAAAAGAAAUUAGAUAUUCCUGAUCCCAAGCCUCUUAUAAUUGAUAAUGAAGAUACAAAAGUCCCAUUCGUAAUUGUAGCUGACGAAGCAUUUGGUAUGACAGAAAAUUUAAUGAGACCUUAUGGUGGCAAAAUGUUAUCCUAUGAAAAAAAAAUUUUUAAUUAUCGGUUAACGUUGGCACGUCGAUAUGUAGAAUGCACAUUUGGGAUUAUGUGUAGUAAGUGGCGAAUAUUACAUAGACCGCUAGAUGUAAAGAUUGACUUUGCUGAAGUUAUUGUUAAAGCCAUAUGCACUUUACAUAACUAUGUUAGAGUGAGGGAUGGUUUUAAUUAUGAAGAUACACUAUACACACCACCAUUAUCAAAUCUCAGUUCAACCUAUACUGGCCGUCAUGUACGUGAUGCUGAUAUGAUUCGAAACAAAUUUACCAACUACUUUACAAAUGAAGGGAAGUUAGAGUGGCAAGACAAAAUGAUUUGA